AAAGACUUAUGCGCAGAACGCCAUCUUGCUUUGCGAAAGGAAAGAAGAUCGGUGUAUGAAUUUAUUCGCGUCUGGGUCCUUGUUUCCUGGCUCAAGUUCAACUGUAUUUCGGAUUUUUUAUUCAAAAUAGGAGUGAACUGUCUAACGGCACAAAGAUCGUUUAUCUUGGAGUGCAGGAACUCUCCUGCAAGCGUCAAAAGGGGAUUUACCUAUGUAUAAAAGCACUUUGAGUUAACCGCGGGUGAAAAAUUAGCUUGGUUCGCUGUAACUGGUAGAAAAUGCCGUCCACUGUAAAUAAUUUCAACAUCAGAGACGUCUGGAAAAACAACAUGGAAGAAGAGUUUGCCAAAAUAAGAGAUAUUGUAGAAAACUAUCCUUAUGUAGCAAUGGACACAGAAUUUCCAGGUGUUGUGGCAAGACCCAUUGGAGAGUUUCGCAGCACGUCAGAGUAUCAAUAUCAACUUUUGAGGUGUAAUGUCGACCUUUUGAAAAUCAUACAGCUUGGCUUAUCUUUUUAUAACGAGAAAGGACAACAGGCACCUGUUGGAGCUACUCGCCAGUUUAACUUCAAGUUUAACCUGACUGAGGACAUGUAUGCUCAGGACUCAAUAGAUUUACUCAACCGAGCAGGUAUCCAGUUUAAAAGGCAUGAAGAGGAAGGAAUUGAAGUGAAUGACUUUGCAGAGCUUCUGAUAACAUCAGGUCUCAUACUGACUGAAGAUGUCAAAUGGCUCUCAUUUCACAGUGGUUAUGAUUUUGCAUACCUUUUGAAAGUGGUGACAGCACAGAAUUUGCCGAGUGAAGAAUCAGAAUUCUUUGAACUACUGAAGAUCUACUUUCCAAACAUUUAUGAUGUUAAAUACUUAAUGAAGAGUUGCAAGAGUCUCAAGGGUGGCUUGCAGGAAGUGGCUGAAUUAUUAGAGCUUGAAAGAGUGGGACCCCAGCACCAAGCAGGUAGUGACAGCCUCUUAACAGGAAAUGCAUUUUUUAGAAUGAGAGAGAUGUUUUUUGAGGAUAAUAUAGAUGAUGCAAAGUACUGUGGACACCUUUAUGGGCUGGGUACAUCAUAUGUGAAUGGAGGACAAGCAUACAGUGGGCCGACUUCCAACAAUAAUUCCAAUUCAUCCUGAUGCUAGCUACUGAAGGCUGCCUCGUGCAGCUCUAAAUCCAACAGGUUGUAAAUCUACAUUUUAACCAGGCACCCCAAUGUCCUUUUCCUUUGGGGAAUCUUAAUGAGAUUUUUAACUGUUCUUGAGUUGCUUUGCCAGCAUUCCUUUUCCUUUUCAUUAGUGGAAGAUUUUUUAAGGUGACCAGUUUAGCAAGGACAAAAACUGCACAGUUUUGUCAAACAGCCUCUAUGAACCAGCAAGCAGAUAAGUGCAUUUAGUUGGAACUCCCUAAUACUAAUAGUUACCCCAUAUUUCAAAGUUUGAGAAGUAUGAAGUCUAAAGCCCAAGAAACAGGUUUGUUUUAAACUUGCUUCUUUUGCUUCUGUGUUAAUUUAUUUACUCUACAAAAAUAGCAACACUGAAUUCAGUUUAUCACAAGUUGAACUAUUAAGAUUUUUUUGGGCAGUUUUUAAUACAAAGACACUUAAAAGAUAUUUAGUAUUUUUAUUUUUAGAUUUUCAUGUAGAAUAAUUGGACAGGAAUAUGGAUAGUGGCAAGUAAAGUUAUGCAGGAGGACUAAUUAAGAUCUUUUUUAAAGUUUUUUAGAUCUGAUGUGAUCAUUGUAAAAGACACAUGUAGAUAUAUAUUGCUCUGUAUACAUGCGCAAGUGCACUUUCGUUUUAAGAUUGAACUGAUUAGGUUAGUUUCUCCACAGUCUUUCCUCUUUUUGUGUUAAUGACUCUUUCUAUUUACAAUUGAUAGGCAAGCAUAAUGCAAGUUACUGUAUAUGGAAAUGAAACAAUUUCAAAUCAUUUUACAGUGAAUGCAGGAUUUGGUUUUUCACAAAAAUGCAGUGGUUAUCGUGCAUUGUGAAGGAAUAUCAUCUAAAGAAAAAAAAGGAAGCAAUUUGUUUUCAGUCUUGAUGAGUCUACCUCCUUUCAUCUUUAUGGAAAAAAAGCAACAUGGUAAGAAAACAAAAUAGUAACAUGGCAGGACCCUUGCAAAAAUCAAGCAAGUCCCAGUCUUUACCAAGUGGGAGUGCUUGUUUGAAAUCUUAUUUCUUAACACUAGUGUAAGAGGUUUGUUCAUUGCUAAAGCGUGCACUUAUAGAUAUAUAUCAAGUCUUGUAUGUAGUAGUAUAGGAGAUUUUGCAACUAAAGAAAAUUGUUAUUAAAGUUAAACGUUAUGCCAAUGA